AUGAAGAAUGAUUCAAGUUCACUGGACAAAGUCACAAAACCAUCAAAAGUUCAGCCUCACGACUGUGUCGGCGAAGAGGCGCGUGUCCUCCUCCGUGUUCCCCUCCGGCACGUCCACCACGUAAGACUCCAGGACGGCCGUCCACUCCCCGCCACGCGCCUCGUGCACGCUUGUCACAGACCGGUAGUUCCUGAGCCUGUGGUCCCCGCCGAUGCAGGUGAACCCCGUCACGCGCCGCUCGUCGUCGAGCAAGUCGAGCCUCUCGGUGCUGGUGGCCGCCGGCAGUCCGGAGACAACGUCGACGACCCUGACGUCGCCGGCGGCGAGAGCGAAGCCCUCGGCCGUGCGGCAGCUCUUGAUGAAGUGCUUAUCGAGCUUCAAGAGCUUUGA